AGAAUGUUCUUAUAUUCAGAAAUGUCUAACCUCCUGCCAAUUGGGGAUAUCAUGCCUGAUAUGAAAAACUGGUCUUGUAUCAUCACAGUUCAGGAAAAGCAACAGGUCACAGAUUCUAUGGGAACACCAACCAAAAAGCAAAAAUUUGUUUUCUAUGAUUCAGAGGGCUCUAAAGUUGAAGGGAUAAUCUUCAAUGCUGAUAUUCUGAGAAUGAGUCCUAUGCUGCAGGUUUAUAAGAGAUAUAAGAUUUCAAAUGCUGAUGUCAGGACUAUUCCGCUAAAGUUUCAAACUGCUGAAUUAACCAAACAGUGGGUGAUCACUUCAAAAACUGUCAUUGAUGAGGUCGAUGGGGAUGAAGACAUUAUGCCUAUUCAAUUUGCUUUCACUAAGUUUGCUGAUUUAGCUGAAUACAUGGAUGAUAGAAGCAAGUCCGUCGAUGUCCUCGGAGUGGUGAUCAGUUCAUUAGCCAUGAAGACAAUCACUAAGAACUCCAAACAGUCAAGCGUCCAAAAAUUUGUCCUCCUGAAUGAAGAGUCUCAAACUGUCCUGCUAUCUUUAUGGGAUGAUUUUCUGAACAAUGAAGGUCAAGUUAUAUUGAAUAACAUGCAAAGCUAUCCUGUUAUCAUUGGUCGAAGACUGAAAGUUAACAACUACAAUGGCGUUUCUCUCUCUACUUGGUUCGAUUCUGCAUUGCUUGUUGAUCCACCAAUACAGGAAGCAAGACAGCUCAAAAAUUGGGCAAUGAGAAAUACUAAGUCAAUUGCAGAAAUCAUUGAUGCAAAAAGUUACAUUAAAUACAAUCCUGCACUUUCUUUAAAAGGGGACCAAAAAACUACUCUAAUUUGCAAUGUUACCCCAUCACAAAAGACUGCCUGGGUCAAGGCAAAGCUCUCCUUUGAACACAUCUUCCAGAAAUAUUGGUACAUGAGUUGUGCAAAGUGCUAUCAAGCUACAGCAGCAGACUACGAAAUUGAAUUUACUUGUAAUUCAUGCAAGGAGAAAGGCGCUGCUAUGCCUAGAUGCCGCUUUGAUAUUGAUUUGAGCGAUGACAGUGGAGUUAUACCUGCUUCUAUCUUUGGAGAUCUAGCAGAAACUAUUCUCACCUUCACUGGUCUUGAAGCAAUGGAUCACUUUAAUCAGGACACGGUGGUUCUAGCUCAAAAGUGCGCCUUCGACUCAGCCAAAAGUUUGAUGAAACAGAGACUGUCGACACCAGUGACCUUGACAGUCCAGAUGCUGACUCCAAGAAGAAAGCAAAAUUAGAUCAAUGGCAGAAACAAUGUCUAUAUCUCCAGCGAAUUUCCCUCCGACAAACAGCUGUUUACCAGCUUGCUGUUUUCUACUCAAAUGCAUCCAUAGAGGACAGGUUAACUUUUAAUUCAUCUUCACCUAUAUUGCAACAUUUACAGUUAAAUAGCAUGGUAUUCUUUGACGUUAUUUUCCUGCCUCAUCUUUUCAAGGUAUUACCUGCUCAGUUUCAAUUGUAGCUUCAUCAGCAUCAUUGCAAUAGAAUCAUUCUAAGGUUUGGACUGCGGCAAUGGGCCAUCGCAGUUACUGAUCGUGCAUUCGAAGAAGGAUGGGAUGCUUUUUGUGAACACAACAUUGUUAAGAGACAUGACACAUUGUUACUUCGGCAUAGCGGAAAUCUGAUAUUUGAUGUCAUUCACUUU